AUGGACGGACUGACGGAGUCUAUUAAGAAUAUAUCAAUUAAAAAGAAGCAAUUAAGCAUGAUAUUUAUAGGGCAUGUGGAUGCAGGGAAAUCCACUACGGGUGGGCAGAUAUUAUACCUUGCAGGUAAGAUUGAUAAAAGAACACUGGAGAAGUAUGAAAAAGAAUCAAAAGAGAAGAAUCGGGAGAGUUGGUAUCUAUCCUGGGCACUUGACAGUAAUCCUGAGGAGCGGGAUAAAGGAAAGACAACUGAGCUAGGCCAGGCAUAUUUUGAUACGGAUAAGACUACCGUGCAGAUACUAGAUGCACCCGGGCAUAAAAUGUACGUUCCAAAUAUGAUACUUGGAGUGAAUCAGGCAGACAUUGCAGUACUUGUUAUAUCUGCACGGCAGAACGAGUUUGAAGCCGGAUUUGAGAAGGGUGGGCAGACUAGAGAGCAUAUUUAUUUAGCGAAAGCAUCUGGUUUGUCAAGGAUAUGUGUUCUAAUAAAUAAGAUGGACGAUGUCACAGUGAACUGGUCAGAGGAUCGGUACAAUCAUAUCAUAAAGUCAACAAAGAAACUUCUGCACGCACUUUUUGGGAAGAAUGAUGUGGUUUACAUGCCAAUUAGUGGGUUCUUAGGGCACAACAUAAAAGAGAACAACUUAUCCGAAGUGGCUCCGUGGUAUACUGGUCCAUCUUUCUUUGAGUACAUCGAUUCAAUUGACAUCCCCAGGAGGAAUUCUGAUCCUCUGUACGCUUCUAUAUCAGAUGCAUCCAAGGAGAUGGGCGGGUACUUUAUAACUGUCCGUGUGGAAAGGGGUGUACUUGAUAAAUCACAAGUAAAGCUGUACCCAGGCGCCAGAAAGAUAAACAUAAUUUCAAUAACAAUUGAUGAGGAGGAAGUGGAAAGAGUACAUUCAGGAGAAACUGCCAGAAUUAAAAUAAAGGAAACCGAUGAAAUAUUCUCAGGCGAUGUAAUAACAGCCCUGGAGUACGCAGAAACAGUAGACUCAAACUAUUUCAUGGCAGCACUAAGCAUAUUAGAUGCCAAAUCUCUAAUUACAAAGGGGUAUAUGGCAGUUAUGCAUAUGGGGGCAAGGGAAGUCCCCAUUUCAAUUGGGGAUUUGUACAAAAAAGAAGGCGAUAAAAUACUUAAAGUUAAAUUCGCAAAAACAGGAGACAAACUCGUUGCAGAGAUAUUUGUGAACAUUCCGAUUCCAUUGGAGGUGUACAAUGCCAGCAAAAGGACCGGGAUAUUCACACUCCGGGAUGAAACAAGAACUGUCGGGUUUGGGAGGGUGCUAAAAAUUAAAGAAAGAAAGUAAAAUUUUACAGCUAAAC